AUGGGCGAGAAGCCAGAGCCUCUGGACUUCAUGAAGGAUUUCCAGGAGUACCUGACCCAGCAGACCCACCACGUGAACAUGAUCUCGGGGUCAGUGAGCGGGGACAAGGAGGCAGAGGCUCUUCAGGGAGCUGGGACAGAUGGCGAUCAAAAUGGACUUGACCACCCAUCUGUUGAAGUUUCCCUGGAUGAAAACUCAGGAAUGUUAGUAGACGGCUUCGAAAGGACCUUCGAUGGGAAGGUCAAGUGUCGUUAUUGCAACUAUGCCAGCAAAGGGACAGCCCGGCUUAUCGAGCACAUCAGAAUCCACACAGGUGAAAAACCUCAUAGAUGUCACUUAUGUCCAUUUGCCUCUGCUUACGAGCGUCACCUGGAAGCCCAUAUGCGUUCCCAUACAGGAGAAAAACCAUAUAAAUGUGAAUUGUGUUCCUUCCGCUGCAGCGAUCGAAGUAACCUCUCCCAUCAUCGAUGGCGCAAGCAUAAGAUGGUACCAAUCAAAGGUGCGAGGUCUUCCUUAAGCAGCAAGAAAAUGUGGGGCGUUUUACAGGAGAAAACCAGCAACCUGGGCUAUAGCAGAAGAGCACUAAUCAACUUACGUCCACCUUCCAUGGUGGUUCAGAAGCCAGACUACCUUAACGAUUUCACCCAUGAAAUCCCCAACAUCCAGACGGACUCCUAUGAAAGUAUGGCGCAUCCCCCGACGUAG